AAUUUAUGAAUAAUUAUUAUUUCGUGAUUACAAUUGCUCGGCCCUGAUUACAUUUGUGUGAGAGUAGCAUCCACUCGAGGGAGAACAGAGCAUAUGGAGACUGCUAUAUGUGGGAGAUUAGCUCUCGCACCAAACUCUCUCUUCAAUUCUUCUUUAUCAGGGGACAAACAUUCUCUGUCAAAAGGACCAUGCGUUAAUAAUCGUGGAGUUCUCAUGACCAUAGUGAGUAAAGGAGGUGGUGUGUUGGACAAACCAAUUAUAGAGAAGACUACUCCUGGUCGUGAAUCUGAGUUUGAUUUGAGGAAAUCAAAGAAGAUGGCUCCACCUUACAGAGUGAUACUACACAACGACAACUUCAACAAGAGGGAAUAUGUGGUUCAGGUUUUGAUGAAGGUCAUACCAGGAAUGACCGUAGACAACGCAGUUAACAUUAUGCAAGAAGCCCACAUCAACGGUUUGGCUGUUGUCAUCGUCUGUGCUCAGGCCGAUGCAGAGCAACACUGUAUGCAGCUUCGCGGUAACGGUCUUCUCAGUUCUGUUGAACCUGAUGGUGGAGGCUGCUGAAACAAAAAAAACAAAAAACUAGUUUAAAUUUCGUAUAGGUUUUUCACACCUCUCAGGACACUCUAUUUAGUAAAAAAAGAAAAUGUCCUUUGGUGUAUAUAAAUAUCAGAAAGUUUGGUACUAAGGCUGUUAUACUAUAUGCAGUGAACCUUUGCCUUUUUUUAUAGAUCUUUCGUUGGUUUUA